UUUUGACGUUUAUCUUAACCCCAUUUUUUUGUUUGUAAAUAAAUCAUUGUUGUUGGGGCCCAAACUGAAAAAUGAGCGCAAUUCCCUCGGCUAUUCCAUUAGGAAUUACAAUCGAAAAGACGAAAUAUGAGUGCGCCCAGAAUAUGCCGAAACGCUAUCAGCAGAAGGACGAGAAUAUGUUACGCAAGACUGGUUUGCAGGUGGGGAAAGUCGAUUUGUAUUACAGCAACAGGACAAUGAGGAACGAUGCAUCUCUUGUGCCCCCUAUACGGCAAACCGCUUCCAUUUUUAAGCAGCCCGUUACUGUCUACAAGACGCAGGAGAGUAAAGUUAAAUCAGAGUAUAAAAAUGGGAAUCAAGAAAAACCGAAGCAGUUAUUUUGGGAGAAACGUCUCGAGGGACUGAGGGCUUGCGAUAUUGAUGGAGUGGAAUUCGAAGGCAUGCAGCUUCCCAAAGGACUAAAACCAGUGGGGCCUAAUGUCACAGAGGAAACGAUUAUACAGAGCGUUGCUACUGCUUUACAUGUGUCUGCUAGUUCUGUCACAGUCGUUACAGGGCAGACUGGUACUAAAGUAUCUUUAGAAAAAAAUCCAGGGGUUUUUUUGGAUCCGAAACAGCCCUUAGUACAGGCAGUUAAUGUUUCUGAAGAUGACAUUAAGAGGCAAGAAGACAGAGUUGCUUUGGUGCGCAAGAAACUGCAAGAAGCUUUAAAGGAAUAAGUAAUUGUUUGCAAGUGCAGAAACAUUUUUGUAUUAUUUUUAGAAAUAUGUUGAUAAUUUUUUAUUUAUACUUGAUCAAAUCAUUUAUUUGUAGUACUGUUUUAUUCCUUUUUUAAAUACACAAUAACAUAUUAUUAUGUAGAUACCUACCUAACUAUUUAAGAUAAUGCAUGAUUUUUGUUUUCCUUUUGAUAUUAAGAAUAAUAAAAUCAUAUAAGUUGAAUUCG